UGCAGAAGACACAGACGUAUCGGAUACCAUUGACAAACCGACUGCCGACAUGGACAUUAGCUUUGGCUCAGUUACAGGCUCAAGAUUCGCUGAGCCGUUAACAGAGGAAAAUGUAAUGCCACUGAUCCAAUCCAGCAAAUCGUCCAAUACGGAAUCCAAAGUACGCUGGGCUGUCAAUUUAUUCCGAGAUUGGCAAAAAGAAAGGAGAACAACCGGGUAUAUUGAGGAGCUCCAGAAUGACAUAUUAGACAUGACGGAUUCAGAAUUGAACACAGCACUUACAUUCUUUGUGGCUGAAGUAAGAAAAGUAAACGGAGAAGAGUACAGAGGAAAUACGCUGUAUGAGGUCAUUGUAGGCAUUCAGGCAUUUCUGCGCGAAAACAGCCGCUUGGUACGUCUACUAAGUGAUGAUGCUUUCAAACGAGAAGACACUCUGUCGAGAGCACAUGUUAGGAUCUGA